CAACAUACCACCUCUGUGAAGCAGGCAACCUGUCGGGAGGUGGUGAACACGACGUGAGCUUAUAUACCGCGGUGUGCCAUGGACAGCUGGAUCGUACUCCCUGUCUGAGUGUGAUGAGGCACAUUCAUGAGGCCAGUUGCAACAUCAACCACCCUUGGGUGGUAAUUUUAUGUUGGUUCUCAUCGGACGACACACCGAUAGCAUAGCGAUGCGGUAAUGUCUAGCCUUUCUGAAGCGAGAAUGCGCACCCAUGUUGACUUGAUAUCAAUAGUGUGCCUAGGGCUGAACGCAGCCGGGGGGCUGUGCUGCUGCCAUCACGCAGUGGCUGAGGCUUCAGGCAGCCAUGUGAAAUAGCAUCGCGUCCUCCGAUGUCGACCAGCAGACAGGAGACGCUUACUGAGACUUCCCCAACUCCUCAGCAAACAGAGCAGCUCAUUGACCGUCCAUCAACUGCCCAGCAUCGGGAAAGCUCAUCGAGAAAAUUCCAUCAACUCCCCCAGCGAGAGGAUAAUAUCGGUUUAUAAUCUACCAACUCUUUUGGGAAAAAUAAGGAAAUUUCUCAUUGGCAGGAACCUCCACUCCUUCGCAACAAUCCUACGCGCGCGCGCCAGGCCAUGUCGGGCUUCGAGGUCGCCGGCAUAUCGCUGGCCGUGGCGGGCCUGCUGCUCUCCGUCAAGGGCGCCGUCGACGGGCUCAACAUGCUGGCCAACGUGUGCGAGAGGGACAACGGGCUGCGCUUCGCGGCGACGCGGUAUCACGUGGAGAAGGUCAAGCUCGAGGUCUGGGCGCGGCGGUUCAGGGUUUACGACGUCGACGUCGAUGACGAUGACGAUGACGAUGACAGGGGGGCAAGUGGUGGUAAUGGUGGAGGAGGAGGUGGUGGUGCUCGCGAGGAGUGUCUGCUGCUUAAGCAGCCGCGCAUCACGCGCGAUGCCGUGUGGCGCAUUGUCGCGGAGAUCAACGCCACGCACGAGCUGGCUGUGGAAUUUAUCGCGAGGUAUCACGUUGAGCCUGUUGUGCCCAUCUUCACCGCGGCCGCCGGCGCCAGCGUCUCCUCCACCUCGCCGCAGCAGCAGCACACCGCGACGACAACAACAACAACAGCAGCAGCAGCAGCAGCAGCAGGAACUGGACCGGAGACGUUCCACCGGCGGAGCAAGUGGGUGGCGCUCCUCGCCGAGGCGCGGGCCCGGAUCCCGCAGACGCACCGCCUCCGCUGGGCGGCCCGCGACAGGGACAAGUUCGGCGGCCUGAUCGAGCGGCUCGCGACGCUGAACCAGAACCUGUGGGACGUGGUGGUCGUGGCGGAGGCGGCGCCGCCCGGGGAGGUGCGCGUGGACACGCUGAGCAUCGUCACGGGGGUGCUCAGCGGCCUGAGCGACCAGCUGUCGCUCGCUUCGCUUUUGCAGCAACAGACCUCGUCGUCGUCGUUGUCGUUGUUGAGCAGCCAUGGGAGCGGCGGCGACGGCACGGCCUCGUUGUUGGCGCUGGCCGCAAGGCUCAAGAAGAUGCAGGGCGAGACGGUGGCGGAACUGGCGGCCAAGGUGAAGCGCAUCGACGCCUCGGAGCUGCGUCUCUGGGACGCGCUGUCCAACGACACGAGCAGGCGCUGCAUGGGCACGUACACGAGCCAGACGGCGGCGCCCGACGGCAGCGGGAACGGCAGCGAGAGCAACAGCUUGCCGGAGCCAGUCUGGAUCGAGUGGAAAGCCGUAGAGAGCGUCAGCGUCAGCAGCAGCAGCAACAGCAGCACCAUGGACGACAUCAUCCUCCGCGUCCACGCGCUGGGCGCGCUGCUCUCCACGGACAACGCCGCGACCUUUCACCGCCCGGCCUGCCUCGGCGUGUACGACGACGUCGACUACAGGGACCGACACAGGAGCCGGAGCCGUCGCAUCGGCCUCGUCUACCGAAGCGGCGGCGGCUGCUCCCCCACUAACGACAACGGCCUCCCCCUCGCCCCUCCAGUCUCGCUGGCGGACCUGCUGCGCGCCGCGGGCAGGGCGCGGACGCGGCCUCCCCUCGGGGCGCGCUUCGAGCUGGCAUACAAGCUCGCCUCGGCCGUGUCGCUGCUGCAUGCCACCGACUGGAUCCACAAGUCGUUGCGCAGCGACAACAUAGUGUUCACGCCGCGGGCGCUGCGGGCGCCGUCUCUGGGACACGGAGCCGUGGACGGCGCGGAGGUGGACAUCACGGCCCCGCAGAUCGCCGGCUUCCAGUACAGCCGCCCGGCGGGCGACGCCUCCCUCGAGGGCCGCCCCACGGGUGUGCCCGAGCUCGACUACUACUACCACCCGGAGGUGGUGUCGUCGUCAUCAUCGUCGCGGGCCGGCAACGGCAACGGCAACGGCAACGGCAACGGCGACGGCGACGGCAACGGCGGCGGAGGAGGAGGGUGGACCAAGGCGCGGGAGCUGUACAGCCUGGGCGUGGUGCUGCUCGAGGUGGCGCACUGGCGGCCCGCGUUCGAGGAGCGCUACCGGGCCAUGACCAUGGCGGAGGUGUCGGCGGCCAUGCUCGCCGACGUGCGGGGCAAGUUUGGCGACGACCUGGCGGGCAUGGUCGGGAGGACGUUUGUCGACGUCGUCGAGCGCUGCCUGGCGGGCUCGUUUGUUGGGGUGUCAUGGUCGCCGUCGCCGUCGCCGUUGCCGGGUGGCGGGCUGAGCGCGGCGGACGAGGCGAGGGCGCUGGGGGAUGCGUUUUUCCAGAGGGUGGUGAGGCCGCUGGCCAUGCUGAGGGCGUAGAGAGAGCGGUGAAGCGUUUGAAGACUGUGCGAGGUAGAGUCUUGUACUAGAAGUGGUGGGACCCGGCGGGGAGGGGGGAUUGCGUCGGGCAUGUUGACUUCAUCGCAUCUUGCGUGGCUAACGAUACGACACGAUAGAAUAACUGAGAGCACCCCUUUAUUCCAGCUCAAACUGUGUUGAAGGAACGAACGUGUAACGCAUAAUGUGAAACUGGCUAGUCAAUAAAAAAGGUC